ACUGAUUUUAUCAUAACACUUGUGUUUGCUGACAAAUAUGAGUUCCAAGGCUUUUCUUUUGCUUGGUCUUUUGUUGGCUAUUGUUCUUCUCAUCUCUUCGGAGGUGGCAGCAAGGGAACUGGCUGAAACUUCCUCUGACCACAAAAACGCGGAGGCCACCAAUGGAGUAGAUGAUGCCAAAUACGGCGGAUAUGGAGGAAACCCCGGUGGCGGAUAUGGUGGAUACCCCGGUGGCGGAUAUGGGGGGAAUCAGCCUGGUCAUGGAGGCUACAAUGGCGGAAACGGCCAUGGAGGUUACAAUGGUGGUCAUGGAGGCUACAAUGGCGGAAACGGCCAUGGAGGUUACAAUGGCGGUCAUGGAGGCUACAAUGGCGGCCAUGGUGGAUAUGGCGGCGGCCGAGGGCGCUGCUACUAUGGAUGUUGUAGGGAGGGUUACUAUGGAAAGGGCUGUAGUAGAUGCUGCUCUUAUGCUGGUGAAGCUACUGAUGCUAAAACCGAAGCCAAGCCUCAAAACUAAAUUAAGCAACAUAAUUAUCUAAAUUAAUUAUGGUGCUCAUUUCCGUUUGUAAUAUUAUAAAUGAAGCUAAAUGAGAUGUAGAAAUAAAAUCAUGAGUGGAUGUCUAUGGCAUCCGAUCCCUCAUGAUUCAUGGUAAUGCACAUGUUUUGUCUCAAUGAAUAAUUUUUAAGGUUUGUAUCAA